GCGAGAUGCUGUUGUUUAAUAAGAAGCUGACGGCCACACAGGCCUGUGAAGUGGGUCUGGUGACCGAGGUCUUUCCUGAAAGCUCCUUCCAGUCCGAGGUGUGGACCAGACUGAAGGCCUAUGCCAAACUGCCCAGGAACUCUCUGGCUCUGUCGAAGCAGCUGAUCCGCGUGGUGGAGAAAGAGAAGCUUCACGCCGUGAACGACGCAGAGGUGGAGAGACUGGUGGAGCGCUGGCUCUCAGAUGAAUGCAUGCAGGCCAUCAUGAGCUUCUUCCAGGCCAAGUCUAAACUUUGAGAAGAGCCCAUGGAGCCAUUCAACAUACAGUCUCUUCCCAAAAUGACCUUUCUUUUGCAAUAGAUUUUCCAAUUAACCCUAUAUCCUACAAACAACAGAAAAGAAUCACCCAACUCAUCUAAACAGUGGAUUGUAUAGGAUUUGUAUAGCAUUGGAUGAUGUAUACAUAACAUGAGACCUUUUAUUUAGUCAUUCUGUCAUAACAGUUUAAUUGGACAACCAUGUAAUAUAGUGUUUUGGAACAAAAUGAACCGUCUGUUCCAUUUACUGUACCAGACGUGCACUUAGUAGGUUGUAACACUCAGUGCCUUACUAAUGUGAAUGCAUUUGUGUUUUUUUAUCUGAGGGCCAAAAAUCAGUAUACUCCGUUUCAGAUGUAUCAAUACAUUAAAUAAUUUGUAUAGUCUUUUGACAUUUUGUCCUGAAUACAGUUUUAAUACCUACUUAAAUACAA